UUGUUCAAAUACUCCAGUCUUGUUGCUCUUGAUCCUCACCCUCCAUCCGAGUGAAAUUCGCAUCAAAUACUGGUCAAUUGAUAUAGUUUGGCUUACUAUUUUCAAUAGUCAGGUUCUUAUCGAUCAGAGCCACCAAGGUACCGACUGGACUAAAAGCCCAAUACUUACAAUAUCGUCAUGGGUGGCGGCCUGGAUCUCUCCAAGCGAGCUCGACUCCGUGAGCUCCUCCCUGAGCUCUACUUGGGCAGAUGGCGGCCAGGUCAUCUGAACUCCAUCACCGAUGUCCCAGGCGUCCUCGUUCACACCGAGUCAAUCCAACCAGACCAGGAUGUGAACACAGGAGUCACCACUGUUCUUCCUCGAGCAGAUUGGUUCGACCAUUCAUGCCAUGCAGCCAUCUUCAAGUUCAAUGGCUCUGGGGAGAUGACGGGCUCUCACUGGAUUGAGGAGUCGGGCACGUUGACAUCACCAAUUAUUCUGACAACAAACUCAUCUAUCGGAGAUGCCUUUCGAGGCGUGUACGAUUAUGCGACCAAGUAUCACGCGACUAAAGAGGGGGAUGUGAACCUAUUUGCGUUCCCUGUUGUGACUGAGACAUACGAUGGAUACCUCAACAAGCAAACCCGAUUUGCGCUUACGCCAGACCAUGUUGUCCGAGGUAUUCGCAAUGCAUCUUCUGAUGCGGUACCUGAAGGAUGCACUGGAGGCGGCACGGGAAUGAUAUGCCACCGCUUCAAAGGCGGAACAGGAUCCAGCAGUCGCAUUGUACCAGGCUUGGAUAGUGAAGGAAACACGAAGGAUUACACUAUUGGCGUACUUGUUCAAGCCAACUAUGGACUCAAGGAAGACCUUCACAUUGGCGGUGUUCCGGUCGGAAGAAUCCUGAUAUCAGAGGCUCAAGCGCCUUCUUCAUCAGAAACGCCCGCGAUUCACGGACCUCACGUGGACGGCAGUAUCAUUAUCAUCAUAGCUACGGACAUUCCUCUGCUCCCAGUUCAGCUUCAACGGCUUGCCAAACGCGCUACUGUUGGACUGUCACGCGUCGGCGGCUAUGGCAGCAAUGGAUCGGGUGACAUCUUCCUGGCUUUCUCUACAGCUGCCAAGAUUCCUAUGCAACGUCUCGAAGGGGGAGAUUUGGACCCCUUUAAACCUACGUCUUUCGAGGUUGGGACAGUGCACAAUGAGACAAUCAAUGGCGCGUUCGAGGCUGUUGCUGACGCGACUGAGGAAGCUAUUUGCAAUGCUCUGUGUAUGGCAACGACUAUGACUGGAUAUAAAGGACGCACUGUCGAAGCAUUGGAUCUCAACAAGGUCAGAGAGAUAGUGACAAAGCGACUGUAAAAGGGCACAAAGGUUGGUGUUUGGUUACUCAGCCAGACGCGAACUAAGAAGCGAGUUCAUUCGCGACAAAGACAUGGUCGCAGAGACUUUACCCGAGACCUGGCGGAUUUGGGAAGAAGCUAGCUUUGUGUAGAUGCGCUAAGAUCUAGACCAACCAAGAAUUUCUGCCUUUGUUCCGCCUGAGCUCGAGAUCGGAACACGCGACGCGACGCGUCCGUUUGACGUGCUCCCAGAACGCGCAGUAUCUGGUUCGUGACGUCAAAUGCCCGAAUCAAAGAAGAAACUCAUGUCAAUCUAUUCUGUAAAC